UCCAAUCUUUGGCGAGACGUUUUACUCUUUUCAAGCGAUGUGGUCAGCACACGACUGAUAUAACAGCAAUGGGAAAUCGACUGCUAAUAUCACUCAUAUCAAACGACGAUAGGCUGACUUCAAAAGGAUUUCAACUCACAUUGAAAGCAAGUCUUUUGAUUUCUGAAGACAUAGAACUGUCGCCAUCCUAUGUGAUACAUAUCAAGUCCCCUGGUUACCCAAAGGUCAACUAUAAAAGCAAUACAAUCUACACAUGGAAUGUGACAGCACCUGCCGAAACAAAAGAAAUUUUGAUUGAUAUCAACAUGGAUAUUAUAAGACCGUCAAGGGGUUUAUGUGAAGAUUAUUUAAAGAUUGAGGAAAUUGAUCCCUUCGGUGGAAGCUUUACAAUAUUUAACGAAUGUGGUAAACUAACAAUGAAGAGAAGCGCUCUGGGGAAUCGACUACUCAUAAAACUUGUAUCAAACUAUGACGAGUUGACUUCGAAAGGAUUUGAAUUAAAUCUAAGAGAAAUGCGGUCCAGUAUUAGAAUGAGAACAACAACGGCAGCUACAAAUAAUAUUUCGACAUCUAACUGGAGUUUGCCGGUGCCAAUUGCAAGACAAAAGAAACAAUACUUUACAACACAGGAACAACUAACACAUUCCACGUAUUCAGCACUCGCAAUAACGAUGGAAACAACGUCAAAAGACAUCACAUCAGCCUCUUUAGGGUCAAGUUACUGCACUUGA